AAGUUUUUAGAAUACGAUUUUUUUUAAAGUGUUUGAUACUCGCGAGUCAUAUUCGGAAAACCCUCAUGCAAGUGUUAAGGACUAAGUGCAAAGAAAUGCUUUCGCAUAGUGUUAGUUGACGCGGUUUUUGUUUGUAAACGAACGUUUUCAACUUCAGCUGAACGAGUGAACAUGCAAUAUAAAAGAACUUUGUGUUAAAAGUUUAUUGCGCGCAUCCCCGAGCAUACAGGAUUUAGUACCUUACUGCAAAGUUGUCGCAAAGCCGAGUCGAGAGGCGUUGGAAGCGAGCCGGGAGCCAGUGAGAACAGUCCGCGCGCCCGCCGAGAUACAUCGACGUCUGCCCGCAUAGGAUGGUAGAAACUGACCCGGGGCCCAAACCUCACGAUUGUGAUGUAAAAAGGAACCACCAACUAAACGGACCAGGUUCCAAGACUGCAGAACUUGGAGUCGUCCCAUCGCUGAAGACACCAGUCAAAGGCGAUCCGGAAAAAGGCCCAGUCUCUGAGAAAGCUGACUUCGAGAAAGCUAUCGAAUUAGCCGGAUAUGGCCGCUUCCACUACCUACUGCUGGCGGUCUGCGGACUCGUCAGCACCUCCGAGGAGAUGGACGUCAUCUCCAUGUCCUUCAUCCUGCCGUCGGCGCAGUGCGACUUAGAUCUCACCACGCAGACUAAGGGAUGGCUGAACAGCAUAAUCUUCAUCGGCAUGAUGGCCGGCGCGUACGCAUGGGGCUCGGUGGCAGACUCGCUGGGCCGCAAGCGCGUGCUUAUUGCCAUCUCCGUCAUCAACGCGCUGGCCAUCGUGGCUUCCUCCUUCAGCCAGAACUACGAGCUCUUCAUGUUGUUCCGCUUCAUCAACGGAGCCGCACUCGGAGGCUCAGGUCCCGUCAUCUGGUCAUACUUCGCAGAGUUCCAGCCGAAAAACAAGCGCGGGGCUAUGUUGAGCUUCAUGGCGGCGUUCUGGACGCUUGGCAACCUGUUUGUGGCCGGUCUUGCCUGGGUCAUCAUCCCCAGCGGAAUCGGAGGAGAGACUAACGGUUUCGUGUACAACUCAUGGCGUAUCUUCUUACUCGUGAUGUCACUGCCAUCAUUCCUGGUCGCCGCCCUCCUGUUCCUCUUGCCUGAGUCUCCCAAGUUCCUCAUCUCCACCGGCCGCCACGAAGACGCGCUGGAAGUCUUCCGCGGAAUCUACCUCAUGAACACUGGCAAGAGCAAGGACCAGUACCCCGUCAAACAAAUCUUAGUAGAAGAACCGAUGCACACGAAGCCGGAGAAACAGAUUGAGACAAAGGAACCCCAGCCGCCUAAGUCGAAGCUAAGGAGGAUGCUCAGCGAUAUCGUUCAGCAUAGCAAGCAGUUAUUCGUACCGCCCAUUCUAAGGUUCACGACGAUUUCUAUCACCAUCAACUUCACUUUCCAUAUCGGGUACUACGGACUCAUGAUGUGGUUCCCUGAAAUGUUCAACCGUUUCGACGAGUGGUCGAGGAUGAACGACAACGCGCCUGCUGACAUUUGCCAGGUGACACGUUACGUGACGCAGUACGGCACGCACUCCGCCGAGGCAACAUGCGACUCCAACAUCCGCUCUGAUGUGUUCAUGGAGUCGCUCAUCACCGUGGCCGCCGCCAUCCCCUCCAACAUCUUCGCUGUGCUUGGCAUGGAUCGGCUCGGACGCAAGUUCUUCUUGGUGUUCGCGACCUUCUCGGCUGGUCUGUGCUCCGCGGCGAUGUACUUCGUGUACAACAAGACGAACAACCUGAUCGUCAGUGCCAUCUUCAGCUCUGUCAUUUCGUGCGGUAACGCCUCACUCGACUGCCUCAUCACCGAGGUCUUCCCCACCAACUUAAGAGCGACGGGUGUAGCCGUGUCCAUGGUAGCAGCCCGUCUGGGCGGCAUCAUAGGCAACGUGGUGAUAGCGGCACUGUUGGACCAGUACUGCCCAGCGCCCACCUUCAUCGUGGCCGUUCUGCUGGCCGGCGGCGGUCUCAUGUGCCUGUUCUUGCCCAACACCACGAGACAGGCGCUGAAGUAACCUAUGGCUCGUUUGGAGAGCGUCUCCUAGACUGUUAAGAACACUGCGAACUUUUGGGGUUCGGAAUUUCCUACCCAUUAACUGGGUAAUUACCCAGUUGCACGUUUAUGUGCUGAGAUUUUUACGAAAACAUCUAAAACGGGAAUUUUAUAAGUGUUCUUAACAUUGUAGGUACACGCAAACUAGUUGGACAUUGUCCAUAAGAGCCAUAGCUUCUAACGCGCGCGCGUAACUUGCUCAGAUGAAUAGCAAAGGGGCUGCGUCUCUAAGAACUGUUUGCGCUAUUUUGUUAUUGCCAUUGACGUAUUUUUAUGCGCCUUACCUAACAAGGGUUGGACAUAGAGCUGGAUUGUCUUCUUGUCUAGCUUGGAUAUAGUGCAUAAAAAUCCGUUUUUGGCAAGUUUUUCCAAAGCAGAGUCAAAAUGCCGAUGUAAUGUUUUUGUUUAAAAGGGGAAUCAUUGAUGUUCUUAUAGAAUUUAGUGGCGGUCGAAGCCAUGUGAUAACUUUAAGUAUUCAUUCAUUUAAACAUUGUUGUAACUAGUUCGCUCAUAUUUGUACAAUAUUUUUUACAAGUUUUUAAUUUAUGAUAUUAAACGAAAUAACGAGCAAUAUUUUCUACGAUAGUAAUAGUGUAAAUAUGCCUGUCGUUAUGCUGAAGUUGUACUUCUGUAGACUCUGAUAGUAAUUAAUAACGAACUGAACUUUUGAUAUUGUAAAAAAAUCAUAGUAUCUAUUCAAGUUUUAUAAAAUACAAAAAAAAGUUGUUUCUUGAUCUUUUCCUAUUUUCCACGCUGUUACCUUCAAAAACCCAAUCUUCCCUAAUAUAAAAGUAUUAUAGCUGUAAGAAUUUUCAUUUACAUCUCUGUUGUAUAGUUAGGCAAUGCAAAUAUUUUCAUAUUACGAAUUUAUGUAGCGAUUGUUACCGUAGUCUGUAGUACGUAGUUUGUAGUCUAAAUGAGAGAUCAUGCGAUUUUGAUAUAAUCGAAUAAACUGGCCAAUGGUGGCCUUGUCUGGCAAAAGUUAUUUAAACCUGUUCUAACUUAUGUAAACGCAAUACUUUGUCAAUGACGAUACUUUGUUCGAUUAAUUUAAGCAAAUAAAGAUAAUUUUACAUGGAAACGAAUAAAUCAUAUUGAGGAAAUGA